CUUCCGCUGGGGGCGGGGCGUAGCGGAGGGUGGGGCUGUAGCGCCAGUGUUUGGGGUCCGGGCGCCGCAGCUGCUAGAAGGCCGGGCAGGCUGAUGCGGACAUCAUCGCAGGCGGAAGGCAAGGGGCGGCCGCGGCGCCCGUGACUGUUGCCUACGUCCAGGUACGACCAUGAAUUACGGAAUUUCUUAAAUGAAGCAUUCAGAAGUGGAAUGAGAGAAUGUCACAUAGAAAAUAAAGAUUUUUAAGUUAUGUCUAUUAAUUUAACUCUAGAUAUAUAUAUUUACUUCCUUAAUAAUGCAAGAAGUUUUUGUGGGAAACAGAGAAGCAAACAGUUGCAUUUCUUGUGUUCUAAACAGUAUUGGCGCAUGAACCAUGUCAAUGUACACAGAGAGUUUCACACAAGUAAGAAAAGCUGUAAAUGGAACAGAAAUGAAGCACAUUGCAGCAAACACUGGCACUCUUCAAGCAACCAUGGUGUACAUAUUGGAAUUGUGAAAUUUAGCACUUCUGCUCCCAAGGGACUUACAAAAGUGAGCAUUCAUAUGUCCCGUAUUAAAAGUACUUUGAAUUCUGUUUCAAAGGCUAUUUUUGGCAGUCAAAAUGAAAUGGUUUCACGGUUAGCUCAGUUUAAGCCAAGUUCCCGAAUAUUCAGAAAAGUAUCAGAUAGGGGAUGGUUAAAACAAAAAAAUGUUAAGCAAGCCAUUGAAUCUCUGAAAAACUAUAGUGAUAAAUCAGCAGAAAAGAAUUCUUUUGCAGAACAGAAAAGUUACUUUGCAGAUAAAGAAGAAGGUUCAGGUAAACACAGCCUUUACCAUUACGCAUACAGAAUUACCACCAGAUUUGGAGAGUCGUUCUACUUUUUAGCAAAUCAUAUUAAUUCAUACUUCAAAAACAAGGAAAACAUGUCUCAAAUAAAGGAAGAUAAACAGCUUCAGGACAAACCAUGCCUUGAAGAAAGUAAAGCCAUUUCUCCUAGCCCCGACAUCUUGACAGACAGGCCAGACUCGGGACCUCCCCUAAAUGUUGAAGACAAACUUCCCAGUUCUACCCAGCUGCCUGAGGUUCUCCCAGUAUCUACAAAACAAAGUAUUGCUAACUUCCUUUCUCGUCCCACUGAAGGCGUACAAGCCUUAGUUGGUGGUUACAUUGGUGGACUUGUACCCAAAUUAAAGUCUGAUCCCAAGAGUCAACCUGAAGAAGAAGAAGAGCCUGCUAAAACUGAUGAGCCUGUCUGCAAAGACAAAAAAGCAGAGGAGAAAAGGCGUGUGUUACUUCAGCGAGAAAAGAUCAUUGCAAGAGUGAGCAUUGAUAACAGAACGCGAGCCUUAGUUCAGGCCUUAAGAAGAACAACCGACCCAAAGCUCUGUAUUACUAGGGUUGAAGAACUGACUUUUCAUCUUCUAGAAUUUCCUGAAGGAAAAGGAGUGGCUGUCAAGGAAAAAAUUAUCCCAUAUUUAUUACGGCUGAGACAAAUUAAAGAUGAAACUCUUCAGGCUGCAGUUAGAGAAAUUUUGGCCUUAAUUGGUUAUGUAGAUCCAGUGAAAGGCAGAGGAAUCCGAAUCCUCGCGAUUGAUGGUGGAGGAACAAGAGGUGUGGUUGCUCUUCAGACUCUGCGAAAGUUGGUUGAACUUACUCAGAAGCCGAUUCAUCAGCUCUUUGAUUACAUCUGCGGUGUAAGCACAGGGGCCAUAUUAGCAUUCAUGCUGGGAUUGUUUCACAUGCCACUGGAUGAAUGUGAGGAACUCUAUCGAAAGUUGGGCUCAGAUGUGUUCACUCAGAAUGUCAUUGUCGGGACCGUCAAAAUGAGUUGGAGCCAUGCAUUUUAUGACAGUCACACGUGGGAAAAGAUCCUUAAGGAUAAAGUUGGAUCUGCACUAAUGAUUGAAACAGCAAGAGACCCCUUAUGUCCUAAGGUAGCUGCUGUAAGUACCAUAGUAAACAGAGGACAAACACCAAAAGCUUUUGUGUUCAGAAACUAUGGACAUUUUCCUGGCACCAACUCUCACUAUCUAGGAGGCUGUCAGUAUAAAAUGUGGCAGGCCAUCAGAGCCUCAUCAGCUGCUCCAGGCUAUUUUGCAGAAUAUGCACUGGGGAAUGAUCUUCAUCAGGAUGGAGGUUUGCUUCUGAAUAACCCUUCAGCCUUGGCCCUGCACGAAUGUAAAUGUAUCUGGCCAGAUACCCCACUAGAGUGUAUAGUAUCCCUGGGCACAGGACGAUAUGAGAGUGAUGUGAGGAAUACCACAACAUACACGAGCCUGAAGACCAAGCUGUCCAAUGUCAUCAGCAGUGCUACAGAUACAGAGGAAGUCCACGUAAUGCUUGAUGGUCUAUUACCUGCUGACACGUAUUUUAGGUUUAAUCCUGUGAUCUGUGAAAACAUACCCCUAGAUGAAAGCCGCAAUGAGAAGCUGGACCAGCUUCAGCUGGAAGGGAUGAAGUAUCUAGAAAGAAAUGAUGAAAAGAUGAAAAAAGUUGCAAAAAUAUUAAGUCGAGAAAAAACAACUCUUCAGAAGAUUAGUGAUUGGAUAAAAUUAAAAAGUGAUAUGUAUGAAGGCCUUCCAUUUUUUUCAAAAUUGUGAGUAGGGUAUACAUGUGUUCCUCAAGGCCAUCAAAAGAUCCAUAAGUUUAUAGAGGAGCGGUGUGAUUCACAUGAAUUUUGUGUAGGACACUUAGUGAGUUCCGGGAAUCCUUGAAUCAGAUAAUGCUUUGAAUAGCUCGAACCUCACAGAAGAUAUGAUUGGUAACAAAAGUUAUAUGGGAAUUAGGUAUUUAAGAUGUUCAUAACCUUUAGACGUUUUAUUACUAUGCUAUUUGGUUUUAGUAUCUAUUAGUCUUAAAUUGUUUGCUGUUUCAAAAUGUACUAAUAUAUGUGCCAAACAAGCAAUGGGGAAUGUUAUACUUUAUGCUUUCUUUUUUGUCAUUUCAAUCAUGUGGAACUUGUGUGACUGUUGAUUUUCUUUCAUGUCAAAAGGUGAUUUCUCUUUACAUUUACACCAUUAGCAUUUCUCUACGUGCACCCACAAUCCGUGUGUUACCUUUCACUGUAAUAAUCAUGGAAAGAGAGAGAUAGGAAAUGGGAUUUUCUCUGUUUAAAGUACAUUUAUGUUUGAAAUAUGAAAAAACUGGACACAAUUUUCUAUUCAACAUGAUUGAUGGAUUUCCAGUGAACUUUUUCUUGAAAUUUCAAGAUAAGAUUGUUCACUUUUGUAGAUCAAAUGCUAUCAUAUCAUUUACUGUUAUAGAAUUAAUUAAUUGACUUUACUGAGGAAAAUAUUCUUAUCAUUAGCAAAAAUAAAUUAUUGAAGUGACCAAUUGUUCAAUGCUAAUGCCAUUUUAAAGGUUUUUUUUAUUGCUAAUAAUGAUUGCCUGGUUUCUUGUAACUUUUAUGAGGAAAUGUUAGUCUAGUUAGAUUUACAGAAGUUAAGCAUGGCACCAUAGGCCAAAUAUAUUAAUCUUCACUGUACAAUUGCCCUUGUAAAUCUUUACAUUUAAUUGAAAUUUUUUAUGAAAAAUGAAACCAAGGUGUGUAUCUUUUGCUUAAUACACAAAAACUAACAGUG